CUCUAGGGAUAGUAUACAAGUUAUGCAUACCUUACCCACAUAGUUAAAUGUCAUCAUACACAGUUGGUAACAUGGGAUCCUGUAUCUAUAACCUCUUUCUCUACACUGGAGUCUUUCUUUUCUUUCUUCAAACUGGUAAUGCAUUGAAAUGCAACGUCGGAAUUUGCCAGAAUUUUACUGGUGAUGUGCCACAGCAUGCGCCAAGAUAUAGUUGCCCUCGUCCAAUGGCGGAAGUCACGUGCCCUCCUCUUCCUGGGGGAACACCCGCUGACCGAUGCAUGACAACGAGGAUGAAAAUGAAACAAUCAAAUCCACUAAGUGGAGGAACCUUUGAAAUCAUUUCUGAUGUCCGGAACUGUACGACUUCAUUCGGAUGCAACAGUGUUACUCGCGACAUUGCAUGCAAGAAUGCCAACGUCUCAGGCAACCUUGAGAGCUGUGAAAUGGGAUGUUGUCAGGGGGAUCUUUGUAAUMGUGGUGGACCRAUACCWACAUUUGCUCCUCAACCCACCGGGCCGUCAGGUUCUGACCUGUCUUGCUACUCGUGUGCAAGCAUGCAAAUUCCUGGGAUAGAAACUGCUAGUGCAAMAUGCUCCAGUCCAGCCAAGCAAACAUGCGGGGACGUUGGCUACAUACCAGGAUUGAAGCAGGAUCGUUGUAUUCGCGUAACACUCAAAUUGUCUGGUAUCCCACAGGAAAUGCGUAACUGUAGUUAUUCACUUGCUUGCAACCAAGCCAUUUGCGAAGAAUUGAGAAGAAAUUUUGGUUCAGUUAGUAACUGCAAUGUCUCGUGCUGUACUGGAAAGCUGUGUAACACUGACAACCGCAACACUGACAUCCCCACAAACACUACUUACAGCCCUAACACUGGCAGCCACAACAACACUACUGACAGCUCCAACACUGACAGCCCUAACACUAGCACGGACCCAGCCUCUUCUUCGUGUAUUCUUUCCGCUUCAAUGCGGAUGUUUUUUGUCAUUGUAGGCAUUAGCUCAUUUAUUGCACAAUAGAUGCCUUAAAGCAAUCCCAUGUCAUAUAGAUAAUGAUACAAGCAUUUUCAAAUCAUUACGAUAGCAACCGCUCUGUUUGUUUGUUUUUUUUUCUUAAAAGGAUCCGAAUUGAACUAAAAUCAAAGAUAGCAAAUAUGCGAAUACUUUGCACAGGUUCUUGGAUGCACGUAGUACUUUAACAAUUCGAAGUGAUCAUUUUCUAUAGUGCGUACUCUUAUCGAACAUGCAUGGGUAGCAUUAAGAUUAUAGAACAGAACAGCAUAGUGACAGUUUUUUUUUACUUGUUGACAAACUAAAAGCAUGUGGGAGUUAUCUCCCUGCUCGCGGCAUAGAUCUAUAUCUAUAUCAUUCUAUAUCAUAUAUACAAGAAUCAGGUCGCAAAAUAUCGAUUGAUUGAACUGUUUGAAAGCGACUAUUAAAUAAAACGUUUUUCUCAGAUG